AUGUCAGAUUUUGAGGGACAGAUUAUUCAUGGUCUCAUGAAGAACACGAAAAACAUUCGUAAUAUGUCCGUUAUUGCUCACGUAGAUCACGGUAAGAGUACCCUUACUGAUUGCUUACUUAUUAAAGCACGUAUUGCUGGUAAAGAAAGUAAUGGUGGGAGAUAUAUGGAUACUCGAGAAGAUGAGAAAGAAAGAGGUAUUACGAUUAAAUCUACAGCGGUAUCAAUGCACUUCAGUAUGAAUAAAGAGGUGUUAGAGGCCUAUACUGAGGCUGGACAGGUAGAUGGAAAUGAGUUUCUAAUUAAUUUGAUUGACUCACCUGGCCACGUUGACUUUUCUUCCGAAGUAACAGCCGCUUUGAGAGUUACCGAUGGUGCUCUUGUCGUUGUUGAUUGUGUAGAUGGUAUUUGUGUUCAAACAGAGACAGUUUUGAGACAGGCUAUUGACGAGAUGAUUGUGCCUACUCUAGUUCUAAAUAAGCUCGAUAGAGCAAUGUUAGAGCUUCAAUAUUCUUCAAAGGAACUCUAUGAAGUCUUAAGAAGGAGAAUUGAAAGUUUCAAUUGUAAACUUCAAACAAUUCUUGGUGACAAAAGAAAUUAUAUUAAGUCACUUGAUCCAGGCGCCAAUGAAGUCUCAUUCUGCUCCGGUCUUCAGGGAUGGGGAUUCACUCUCAAUAAGUUUGCGAGGUUUUAUUUAACCCAACGUAAUAAGCAUACUUUUGACACUGAAAAACAAUUUACAAAGAUUCUAUGGAGUUCAAAGUAUUAUUGUACUGUUGAUGAUCCUUUUGAUCCUGCUUGUAAAUUUGAAAAGAUAAAGGAGAAUGGAAUUCCUGAAGGUAUGUUCUCACCUUUUGAAGUGUAUGUUCUGCAUCCUAUUUAUAAAGUAAAGGAUAUGUGUAUGUCAGGUGAUAUUGAUGGUAUCAUUAAUUAUCUUGCUAAGUUCGGAAUUGAUUUUAAAAACACUGAGCUUUCUGGUAGUGGAAAGGCCUUGUUUAAGGUUGUUUUUAAGAUAUGGUUACCGGCUGCUGAAACACUUCUUGAGCAAAUCAUCACUAAGCUUCCCUCACCAGUGCAAAGCCAGUCUUUAAGAGCAAAGCAUCUUUAUACCGGUCCUUCUGAUGAUGAUGUUUACAAGGCUAUCUCUCGGUGUGAUACCACUGACGAUGCACCUAUUACUAUUUAUAUUUCUAAAAUGGUGCCUGAUAAUGCUACCAAUGGGUUUGUUGCCUUUGGUAGAGUUUUGUCUGGCAAUAUUAAGCCUGGCACGAAAGUAUUUGUUCAGGAUCCUGACUAUGUGCCUGAUUCCACUUCAACCAGGAAGAAUCCUCAUGUCUGUGAAAAGAGUAUUUCUAAGGUUGUGAUUGUGAAUCCUAGGGGAUCAAUUCCCAUACCUAAUUGUCCUGCAGGAAACAUUGUAGGUCUUGUCGGUGUUGAAGGUUUCCUUAAAAAGACUGGCACUAUUACUACCGUUAAAAAUUGUUACAAUAUUAAGACUAUGAAGUUUUCUGUAUCUCCUGUUGUGAAGGUCGCUGUAUCACCAAAGAGAUCAUCUGAUCUUAAUCAUUUCAAAGAAGGUCUUGAGAAACUUGCUAAGUCUGAUCCUCUUUGUGUUAUUGAGCAUAAUGAUUCUGGACAGGCUACAAUUGCAUGUGCUGGUGAAUUACAUCUUGAAAUUAUUCUUGGAGACUUGAAGAAUUUCUAUGCUAAAUGUGAAUUUAAUGUAGAAGUUCCUCAAGUUAAGUAUUAUGAAGGAUUUGCUGAUGUGGUUACAAAACCUAAGAUGAGGAAAUCAGCCAACAAGCAUAACAGAGUUUAUAUGACUUGUGAGCCACUUGAUGAUGAGAUUGUUGAUAAUAUACCAUCUUUAAUGGGCAAAGAUACUAAAGAAAUUGCAGCCAAGUUUAGAGAAAUUUUGAAUAGGGAUGAUGAUUGGAUCAAGAGUAUUAUGUACUUUGGACCUGAAGUUGAGCCUCUUAAUAUUCUAGUUGAUGAGACUAAGGGUAUACAAUAUAUGAUGGAAGUCAAAGAGCAUCUCUUUGAAGGAUUUAAGCAUGCAACUAAGGAGGGGCCUAUGGUUGGUGAAUGUAUUAGAGCAGGUAAGUUUAAUCUUGUCGACUUAAGCCUUCAUGCUGAUUCUAUUCACAGAGGUGCCAAUCAGAUGAUUAGGCCUGUUGAAGAUUUGGUGAGGGGCCUCUUGCUUGCAGCUGAGCCUAUUCUUUAUGAACCUAUUUUUACUUGUAAUGUUUCUGUGCCUACUGAGUAUGCUUCUGCCUGUGAGUCAGUUCUGAAAAAUAGACGUGGCUACAUUGAAGACUGGCAGACCGAGAAUAAUAUGGCUUUGAUUUCGGGAUUUUUGCCAGUAAAUGAAUCUUUUGGUAUUAAUAAGAGACUUAAAGAAGUGGCUAAGGGACAACCUUCUUUUUCUCUCGUAUUUUCCCACUAUGCUCGUUGCCCUGGAUCUCUUGACAAACCAACCUCUACAAUGGCAGUAGUUGUUAACGAAGUUAGAAAGUAUAAGAAUAUUACUACCAAGUUAGAUCCAAAUGAAUACUUCGAUGAGCUUUAA